ACAGUUCCACUACACUACAGCAAAGGUUUGUUCCAACCUGCCCUCAGAUUCAAGAUGGUUUGUCGAUUAGUUUCACUGUGCUCUUUAGUAAUUUUGAUUUUAUCGUUACUAAGCUUCAGUAGAAGUGAUCAUGAUGACUCGUUUUUGAGUGAUCAGUCUCUUCCUAUAAAAGCUGUCUCGGCUGACGAAGAAAGGCUCCAUCCAAGGCAGAUUUGUAUCGAGUGGAAAAGAAGAAAAGGAUGUCGAAAGCGCAAGAGGAACCUCUUCUUAAAAAGGCUACUUCAAAUUCAACCAGAACAAGAAAGACAGGAAUACAACACUAAAACUAACACCAACAUUGGUCAAGAAGAAUACAGAAGACCAAAGGAACGUCCAACAACGGAACAAGAAAAAAAGCCUGACUUUUCAUUACUGAGCGACCUCCGUCGAUAAGAUUGAAGAAACCCCAAUUUACAUAAAAUAUACUAUUACUACGACAACCCUUCGGCUUAAAUGGUGUAAAAUCAUUUUGAAACAAUAUCUAAACAAAAGAUAUGUCGAUUGAAGAAACUUCGCAAAGGCAGCUGUUCAGUCAGGAAAGUCCUGGCACCAGACGAAAAUGUAAAUUAAAUUAGUCAAUGCAAGAAAUGAUUAAACUGAGCUUGAUAAAACCGUA